CUUCUUCUCUUCUUUCCUUAUCUACCGAGACUCGCAGACUUUUCUUCUUAUCCUCCAUUUUCUCUAUUGAUAUUCUUUCUGUUUGUCCUCUGUAAUUAGCAUGAGUUCCUCCAUUAAUCCACUUUCUUUGUAAUAGUCUCCAUAUCUCUCCGGAUUUCCAUUUUGUCACCUGAGUUGUCAUCCAUUCAACUCUCGUUCUUUCUUCUAUUUCUUCUCUGUAAUUAUUCUCAUUUUUCUCUCUGGGGGAGGUCGCCUUUUGUUAUCUGGUUGAAAUGGGUAGUUGUUUCAGUAAGAAAAAUGAAGGUUCUUCUUCUUCUUCUUCUUCGGUUUUGCCAGGUGGUGUUGCUAACGGAUCUGCUGCUUGUUCGACUUUAGCAACAGCAGUAGAUCCUAACAAGAGUAGCAGUAAUGUUACUGCAACUACUACACAGAAAAUGGAGACGGUGCAAAACGUUAAGAAAAAGAUAGUUCAUCAAGAAGAGGCUAAAAUAGAGAAGGAAGAGGUGAAAAAGGAGAUAUUCAUUAUAAAACACAGGAAGAGUCACGAAAGGGAAAGAGAGAGAAGAUCUCCUCCUCAACACAAUGUUGAUCCGGCCACUGCUUCUUCUUCUUCUACUUCAACUGAAGAAAUGGUGGGUAACAGCAACGUUAAUGGUGGGUGUAAUGGUGUGGUGAGGACGUCGAGCUGCACGAAAGAAGAAGUGGACGCCAUUCUCAUACAAUGCGGAAGGCUUUCCCGGAGCAACUCUUCCGGGAAAACAGCUUCGUCCGGGAGAAAAUACUCUGGUUCGAAGAGGAGCUACGAUUUUGAUAACCAUGAAAAUGGCCGUGACGAUGUUGGGGCUUCAGAUGAUUUUGAUUCCAAGAGGAAAGGAAAUGAAUACGAUGAAGACGAAGCUGAAGAGAGACGGCAGCACCGUCACCGUCGCCGUCAGUCCGGCCGGCCGUCUCCGGGAAGGAGGAGAACGCCGAGCAGGGAAAGAGAACAACAGCAGCGGUCAGGUAGCAGAGAAAGAGCAAACAGCAAUGACGGCGGGAGACGGGUGAGUCGAUCCCCGGGGAGAAGAUCUGAGAGCACCAACAACUCAACAACCAUGGCGGCUACAACCGCCGGUAUAGGUAAUAAUGUGAACACUGCUUCCAGACCCGGGAAAAUGGUGUCAGUUCCUGCAACUGUUUCUUCCUUAGUUAUGGAUAAGAGUAACAAUGGCGGAACUGCUGCUGAACCUGCAACCAUUAAACGAAUCUCUGUCAAGAGAAAUGCUUGCGAGGUUACAGCUUCGGGUCCAAGGAGUGCAGCAUCGCCCCGUUCAAAGUCUCCGGCGAGAACAUAUGCCACCGGAAAUGGUAAAGGAUUGACGGAGAAUCAGCAAGUGCAGCCGGUACUUAGCCGGAGCUCUUCGAGGAAAGCAGAGCAAUCGCCUUAUAGAAGAAAUCCACUAGGUGAGAUUGAUCCCAACUCGCUUGCAUAUCCGCAAUCCGCGGGCAACAAAGCUUCCAGCAACACUAACAACAACAGCAGGGUAUCCAACAAUGGCCUGAAUCAGAAGCCAAAUCCUGAGAUUACCAACAAUGGAGGAGUUGCUCAAGGAACUAAUCGCAAACCCAGUUGCUGCACAGCCAAGGAGCAGGAAUUACUGGUUCCAGAAGCCAAACCACAGGUGGCAAUCAAUGGCGACAAUAUUACCAUGGCAAACCCAGUUGCAGAGGGCCUGCAGAACCCUCAAACACUAACUAGAACCAGGUCUGCAAGACGAUCUCGAGAGCUUGACAUAAACCCUGAAGCUUUACUCAAUCCAAUACCUUCGUACACGGCUUUAUUGCUUGAAGACAUUCAGAAUUUUCACCAGAAAAACACCCCUCCAAUUUCACUCCCACCCUGUGUCACCAAAGCCUGUUCAAUUCUUGAAGCAGUUGCAGACCUUAACUCAACCAUAAGCUCCAAUCUGUCCUGUGCAAUAUCUGGACAUGACAGAAAGAGUCCCCCACUAGACCAAUAUAACAGGAAUGAGCACAAUUUCUGUUUAGGCAACAAUAAGAAAGUUUCAGAAGGCAAAGACCCUUUUGUGGAAUCUGAAGUUUUUGUAAGAGAUGAGCUGAUGGAGCCAAGCUUUCAUAAGUAUGUGACAGUGAGGAGAGGUGGUGGAGGAGGAGAUGACAUGGAGGAGCAGGAAUCAUCGGGCAGCAAUAGCUUUACCGGCAGUGUUAUUCAUCAACAGAACUGGGGAUUUUCUUCAUCUUCCUACGAGCCCAAUUCAGCAGAUUCAACUGACCGGUGGAGUUCGAGAUCGAACACCAGAGAGCAGCGGGAUCAGAGUCCACUGGGAUUUGCAGGUUGCAACGCCAAUGAGAAUAAAAGGGGAUAUAGUGGGAACAGGAGAGACUAUGAUCUGCAACAAAAUGGAAUUGGGCGAGGUAGACUUGCUGGGAGCAAUAGCAUUCAUGGAGUUUCCUUUGUUGCAGCUGCUGCAACAACAUAAAUUCUAGUUCUUUUUUUUUCUUCCACUUGCAAAAACAUUAUUGUGCUGUUGUUGGGUUGCCAUCUUGCAACCUGUUUCUUUGAUUGUUCGAUUUAAAAUCAGCUCAUUUGGAAGAAGAAUUUGCACUUAUUCUUCUUGUGUUUUGUUAGUCAC